AUGAUAAGUGAGGAAAAAAAAAAGAACGAGGAACGACCACAAAAAAAAAAAAAAAAAGAAAAUGAAUUGUUAAAAAGACUUGAAAUAUGCAAAUGUGAACUCGAUCUUAGCUCCAAUCGGAUAGCAGAAAUUGAGGAAGAAAAUUUGCAAGGUCUUACAAGUCUAACCCAUCUAAAUUUAUUCAAUAAUUCAAUCUAUCAAAUAGAUAUGGAUACAUUUGAAGUAACAUCACAACUACAGGAAUUAAAUCUUGGCAAAAAUUUGCUAAUUGAAGUACCACUUGCAUUGGGACGUUUAUUUAAACUUCGUUAUCUUGAUUUAUCAAAUAAUCAAAUCAG